UCGAACCGUAAAGUCGACGAUACGCUCGGUUAAUGUGACUUUUUUCAGUUCGUACGAGGACGUCCAAGGACCGGUGGAUCGCGGCAAAAAAUCUUCUUUCGCCUAUGCGCUUAAGGAUGUACGGGGGCGCAGAGUAUAAUUAAACGAAUCUUGUUGGGAUUUGGGCCAGCGCUCCUGCAAUAACGGGGCUAGAGAAGGAUAGAGUGAUAUUGUUAUUGUAUGCUUGUGCCGCCGGUGUUUAAAGGCAAACGGACGUGAGCUUUUAACGGUUUAGUAGCACUAGCAGGUGAGCGCCGCUUGCGUGUACGAACUUGUUCGGAGCAAGAAUCCGUGGUUGAGCAGCGGUUGAGCAGCGGUUGAGCAGCGGUUGAUCAGUGACGUGUUGAGGUGGCUGGGCGAUCCUCAAAGUAUCAUUUAGCGUGUAAAAGCCGUAAGAUGAGCAAGUUCAAAGAUCUUUAUAAGAAAAAUGGCUUGACAGCAUCGAGGCGCGCGGAACAAAGGAUUGACAUCUUGAAUUGCCAGCGUAAGAACCAACGAUUCCACACCCUCGAUUCUCGAAGGGAAAAAGUUACUUUGGAUCUUCAAGAUUCGAAGCGCAACAACAAAACAAAAAAUACGUUAAAUAAUAAUUCGAAGAAGAAAUGGAGACCUAUAAAAGAACAAUCAACAAUGAAUGCACAUUUACCUCCAUUUAUUGUAGGAGUUGUUAGGCAUAAAAUUCAUUCUCCGCCAUUUUUACACGAGUCAAUUAAUGUUACAGAAAAGAAAAAAAACUGUCAAACAACGCAACAGUCAUUUGCGCCUAAAAAUUAUAAGUUCAAACCUCCGAAAGAGCUCAAAACAAAUAUUUGUACACCUUUGAAAAGCACUCACGAGUUGCCUUCCUUUACUUUCGGCACUCUUUUGAGCAAACCCAUUAAAAAAAAUGCCAAUAAGAAAGACAUUAAUUUUAGCAAUAUAAAUAUUCGUCCCCGAAACAGAAAGCUUUCGUAUGACUUAUCAUUUGGUUCAGACACAGUGGAAGUAAGAGAAGAUAAUAAUGAAAAGAAUUAUGAGAAAGUUGAAAAGCAAUUGUCGCCAAAAGCAUCGGAAGUACCUAUUUUUGGUCGUUCAAACGUGCUUAAGGCAUUGCAGAAAUCUGCAAAUGAUUUGUCGGAAGAUUUAAAAGAUCAAAGUGAAACGAAUUCAUUCUGCAAUUUAGAAAAAUCAAUUAUUACCUCGCCCAAAUUAAAUGUGUCAAAGAUAGAGCUUGGGCAACGGAAAACUUACCAGGAACUCAACACUGUGGUAAAUGAUACUACACAAAUUAGUCAAACAUUGGCAAUUAAUGUUCCUAAUUACAAAAUCAAAAAUACCACUCCAUUGGGAAUAAAUAAAAAUGUUUCUGCGCAAGAAAGUCCAAAAGAUGAGAAGAGAACUAUCGAUUCAAAUUUUUUACAUCGACGAAUAACGACAGAAUCAUUGGAUCAAAAUCAGAUAGAAAAUUCAAUUAAUUCCAUAGAAAAGGAUAAUAAACAAAUUCAUACGGAUAUCGAUCAAAGGAAUUUAUCAUAUCAACAGGAUGUUUCACCAAAAAUUAAAAUUAACACUAUAACCUUGCAAUUAGAAGACGGACAGAAUAAUCCUAAGGUGUUAAAUGACAAGGAAGUUACUGCGGAAAUAAAUAACAGUUCUAUUCCAGUCUCCUUACGCUAUUCAAAUAAUAGAUGUGAUAUGAUAACGAAUAAUUCCUUCGAUCACAAUGUAAAUAGUAGAAAUGUUCAGAAAGGCAUUUUAUCAUCUUCGUUACCCAAUUCUUCGAUAGAGAAUUUAAAUAAUUCUUCAAAAUUUAAUAAUAUGGAAAUGGAAGAGGAAAGUAUGGCCCAGUAG